GCGGCGCAUCAUUAUCAUCAUCUUCAUCAUCGUCAGCGCUUUCACAACAUCGCGCCCAGGAUAGGGACCAAAACAGCAAACCGCCCGCGAGAUAUUCCACUCGGAGUUCUUAAAAAUGGACAAAUGAAGUGAACGACAGGAUACAAUGUCCUCGUUCCAGGUCGUGGAUUCCUCACCUGGCAGCAGCGUCAGUGUCAUGGAAACGUCCAACUUUGCCCACGUCAUCUUCCAGAAUGUUGGCAAAAGUUUCCUGCCUCAGGCACCCCUGGAAUGUCGUUACAUUCUCACCACUUACAUCACACCCCACCCCAAAGACUGGGUGGGCAUCUUUAAGGUGGGCUGGAGCACAGCUAGAGAUUACUACACCUUCCUGUGGUCCCCCAUGCCUGAAAAAUAUGAACCAGGAAGUAGUGUGCAAAGGACUGUGGUGUUUCAAGGUUAUUAUGUUCCCAAGUCUGACGGGGAAUUCUACCAGUUCUGCUAUGUGACGCACAGCGGUGACAUAAGGGGGGCUAGCACACCCUUCCAAUUCAGGUUUGCCACACCCACCGAAGAGUUGCUGACUGUCAGUGAGGAUGACAGCAAUUCCGACAUACUGGUGGUCACCACCAAGACUGGCCUGCUGGAGCGCGUGGAGGAGGCACAGCAGGAACGCAGGGACCUCCUGCAGGCCAUGCGGCUCCUCCAGGAGGAAAAGCAGCAGCUGCAGGAGGAGCAGAAGCGACUUUCCCGGGAGCGAGAGCAGGAGAGGGAGACGUGCUGCCUGCUGCGCACACACAACCAGGAGCUUCUGCGCUCCUCGCAGUGUCUGUCGGAGGAUCGGGAAGAGGUGAGGAGGAGGCUGACGGAGGCGACAGAUCGAGUGCGCCAGCUUGAGGAGGACCUGCUGGGAGUCAGUCAGAAAGGCCUGCAGAAAGAGACGGAGCUGGACUGCCUGCGUGACCGUCUGAAGAAGCUGACAGCAGAGCGAGACAGCCUGGAGAGCCAGCUGAAGAAGGAGAAAGAUGAGAGGGACUUCUACAAGUUGAGAAAUGCCCAUCUGCGCAGCACUGAGCUGGAAAACACCAAGCUGAGCGCCGAGCUGCAGAUGCUGAAGGCAGUGGAGCUGAACCGGGAGGUGACAAUCGCUCAGUUCCAGGAAGAGCUGGAGAGGCUCAGGAGCUGUGUGGCCCAGCGGGACAGUCUGGAGAAAGAGUUGCUCACACUCAAAGCUGACAAGGCCGAGCUGGCACGUGUGCGCGAGCAGCUCCGUCAGGCCGAGGAGCAGCUCGCCGCGUCCCGCCAGCAAGCGGCCUUGCUGGCCUCGGAGCUCCGCGACUCAGCCAGCGCCCGGGACCACUCCAUGACCGAACUGUAUCGCGCCCGCCUGGAGGCCGACAAGCUCCGCGCCAGCCUGGCUGAUGCGCAGGCCGAGUGCCAACGCAUGGAGAGCCAGCUCGACCGCAUGAGGAGCUCUGCACACAAAGAAGUGGGUGUGGGGACCAAUGGUGAGCUGGCCCCCAGCACACUGAUUGUUUCAGAGGCAGAAGCUGAGCUGCAGAGGGAGGUGGAGGAACUGAAGCUGCGCCUCCACAUGGCAGCCGAACACUAUAAGGAAAAAUACCGAGAGUGUCAGCGGCUGCGCAGGCAGGUGGCCAAACUGAACACGAGCGAGUCGCACGCGGAGCAGAAGAGAAAUGCAUCUACUGAGACAGUCUUGGAGCCACUGACCCCAAGUCCUGAUUCACCCACAGCAGGAAGUAUUGCCACAGGAGCCCUCCAAGAGGCCUCUGCCUUGACAAUCAGCACUGAACUUGAAAACCUGCAAUGUUCACACUGCAGUACGGAGAUUGAGGAUAAGCAGAGCGAGAACAAGUCGACGGGGAGCACUGAGGCGAAGGGCGAUGAGAACCAGAAAGAGGAGCGAGAAGACGACCAGAGGAGAGAGAACGUGCAUGAGGACAGCCUGCCGAUGACGAGCUGGGUGGAGGUCGAGACGAAGUGGGCGGGCAGCGAGGGGGACGGCGAGGCGGAGCACACGGAGGAGGAGGAGGAUGUGAGGGAGAUGGAGGACAGGGGAAGAGGGGAAGAAGAAAUGGCAGAGAGGGAACAGAGCCACUCUGUGGAGGAGGAGCUGGCACUGAUGGAGGAGAAGUGGAGGGAGCAGUGCGCCAUCAAUGAGACUCUCAAACAGCGUCUGGCCAAUGAGGAAGAGCGAUUUAGAGCACAGAUGGCAGAGCGGAGCAGCGAGGUGAUGGAAUUGAAACGUGACCUUGCCCAAGCUUUGAAAGACAAGGAGCGAUUACAGGAGGAGUUGCAUCGCUUCCUGAGUUGGCAAAUGGAGCAGGACGCCCGCGAUAGAGUUGCUGAAGUCAGGCAGCCCAUGGUGCUGCGUUACCCACUGCCCUACCCCCAGGACCCCUCGCCCCCCCCACUGGUGCCACAGAGGCCGGCGGAGCUGCAGUUUGGCAAUCCAUACGCUACUGACGCCGCACAAGACCAGGAAGCAGAUGUCUCACUUUCUCCGGAGCAACUGACUCGUCCUCCACCCGAGGCCCCACCUUGCGCCACUCCCUGCGCCCCUCCAAUCUCACCACUGAACCCGAACCCUGGCCCAGUGGCACCAGGCUGGGACAGAGACGUGGUCUGCAUCCAACCUUCACGCAGCACAAGCCCCCCGGAGACUAUGGAGAACCCACCCGAGGAACCAGAGAAUACGCGUGGUGGGGCUCAGCCAUCUUGUGACCAUCAGUCCAGCAGACUUGGUGAAACAAGCAGCAGCUUCUGCUUUGACUCGAGUGCCGUUCACAAGCGCUGCCCGUUGUGCGAGGUGAUCUUCCCGCCGCACUUCGAGCAGCGCAGCUUCGAGCAGCACGUGGAGAGCCACUGGAAGGUGUGCCCCAUGUGCGCCGAGCAGUUCCCCCUGGACUGCCAGCAGCACCUCUUCGAGAGGCACGUCCUCACGCACUUCGACGGCCACGUGCUCAACUUUGAUCAGAUCGAGUGACCUCCCCGUCCCCUCCGGCGGCGUCGAAAAGUGUGCGGUCAUCGGCGCCUUUCGCAGGUUACGUGGGAGCUGCUCCGAUACGGAAAGCCGUUUCGACAUUUAUUCCAUAUCCUUGAUGUACAACUUGAGAUCCAUGUACCAACUAUGCUCUUGAUCCUCACCAGUAGGACAACUACAUGUCACUAGUGAGGCAGAACUGUGCACUAGUUGACAUCUGCACACCACCAGUACUGCUAGUGAAGCGCUAGAUGUUGACUAGUAGAAUUUUAUCAUGUCACUAGUGGCACGAGUAGCACUUUUGUCAACGAGUCCAGUUUUGCCUCACUAGUAACAUUGUCCUACUACUAUUAUGCCAGUGUUUUCCUACUAGUGUGCUGAAUUGCUUCACUCGUGAGGAUAAAGAGUCCUCACUCAUAAGACAAUUUAGCGCUCUAGUAGAAUAACUGUCAUACUAGUAAUGUUUGUCUACUACUAGGGCCACUUUAGGCCUACUAGUACACAGUUAAACCUUGUAAACUACUGUGCUGGACUAGUAGCACUACUAGGUCCAACUAGUAGGCAUGUGGAAUGCUGGCGUAGCGUCCUGGACCCUACUAGUGGCAACAACAUGCCAACUAGUAACUAUGCUUCACUAGUAAACUGUAGUUGUGGUACUAGUAUGCCAGAGCUGUCCUACUAGUUUGCAGAACUGUCAUACAGUAGUGGGAGUGAGAAAAAACUUUACUAGUACGUACUGAAUUGUCUUCGAGUGAGGACAGAGUGUACUAGUGCAUGGACCUUAAGCUGGAUAUUGUAAACAUGCCCCUAUUAAGGUCGAUGUACUAGUAUGCUCUUUGUCCUCACUUGUUAGGACAACUUUGGCAUACUAGUGGGACAACUACAUGUUACUAGUGAGGCAUAACUGUGCUACUAAGUUGACACAGUUUUGCCUCACGAGCAACACGUGCUGCUAAUAUGCCGAAGUUGUCCGACGAGUGCGCCGAAAUGUUGUACCGUAGUGAAGUGUUGCCAGGAAGACACAGCCGUUCUACUAGUGUGCUGAACUGUCUUACUAGUGAGGACAUAGUGUACUAUUGCAUGGACCUUUCGCUGAAUAUUGACUGAUAAUGUAAUAAUAAUAAUAAUAAUGCUCAAUUGCUUUCCAUACUCCCAACACUCAAAAAGCUUUGCUUCCGCUUUAUUCUUCUUGAUUCUUUUUAAAGCACUUUUGCGCAGUGCAUGUGGAUAUUGUGUGUCCAAAACAAAUCAAGAAGAAAAGACAAUCUUGGCUGUCAAGAGGGCAAAACACACGCGCUCCAUUUGAAGCGUUAAUGCCAAAUGAGACAUCGACAAAUGGAUUUCAUCGCUUCCAAACCGAAACGCUGCUCUUCAGGAAACGAGGUUUAAGAAGAAGAAAGAAAGAAAGAAAAAAAAAGUUAACAUUUGGGGGGGGGGG